AUGUCCACCGAAGCCCAACCAAACCAACAGACAAAGCCCAAGCCAUGCUGUGUGUGCUUGGAUGAGAAGAAGCAAAGAGACGAGUGCUUGUUGUUCAACGGCCAAGAAAGCGGAAAGUGUGACUCCAUCAUCAACCAGUACAAGGCCUGUAUGAAGGGCUACGGCUUCACCACCAACUAG